CCUAUGGAGCCUCCCGCCCUCGCCGCCGUCCUGGCCUUCUCCGGGCUGGCGCUGAGCUGCUGCCGCGAGCCCGUUCUGUCCGAAUGCUAUACAGCAAAUGGGGCUGACUAUCGUGGCACUCAGAACCAGACCUCCCAAUAUGCAGGGAAACCUUGUCUAUUUUGGAAUGAGACCUUUGAGCAUCCUUAUAAUACUGUGAAAUAUCCCAAUGGGGAAGGAGGGCUUGGAGAGCAUAACUACUGCAGAAACCCUGAUGGGGAUGUCAGCCCAUGGUGCUACAUUGCAGAACAUGAAGAUGGAAUAUACUGGAAAUACUGUGAGAUUCCAUCCUGCCGAAUGCCAGGAAAUCUGGGCUGUUACAAGGACCAUGGAGAGCCACCACCUUUGACUGGCACAAGCGAGACCUCAAAUAAACUCACAAUCCAAACAUGCAUCAGCUCCUGCCGAAGUCAACAGUUUAAGUUUGCAGGCAUGGAAUCAGGUUAUGCUUGUUUCUGUGGAAAUAAUCCUGACUACUGGAGAUACGGGGAGGCAGCCAGUACGGAAUGCAACAGUGUUUGCUUUGGAGACCACACUCAGCCCUGUGGUGGGGAUGGCAGAGUCAUUCUUUUUGACACCCUGAUUGGUGCCUGUGGAGGGAAUUACACUUCUGCUACAGCUGUGAUCUAUUCCCCAGAUUUUCCUGAUACAUAUGGCACAGGCAAAGUCUGUUACUGGACCAUACAAGUUCCAGGAGCAUCUCAAAUCCACUUCACCUUUGUCCUUUUUGAAAUCAAAGAUGCUACAGAUAUGGUGGAAUUGCUGGAUGGUUAUACCUAUCACGUUCUAGCUCGUUUUAAUGGCAAGAACCGGCCUCCCCACACCUUUAACAUCUCUUUGGAUUUUGUAAUUUUGUACUUUUUCUCAGAUGACAUCAAUCAAGCCCAGGGAUUUGCUAUCAGGUAUAGAGCUGUGAAGGACAAUGUGCAUCAAAACAAGACCCCAGUGAAUCACACCCUUUCAGAGAGGAUGAAUGAACAAGCAAAUCUCAGCAUCAACGCAGCCCGGUCAUCAAAGAUCCUCUAUGUCAUCACAACCAGCCCAAGCCAUCCAACUAGCUCCAUGCCUGAAUGGACAAUAUACAGUCUAACAGCACUGCUCAUCCUAAGUGUUACAGCCAUAAUAGCAAAGAUACUUCUGCACAUUACCAUGAGGUCCCACCAGAUUCCAGCUGCAGCUGAAACAGAAGAUUGCAGUGAUGUCACUACUGCUGGUGAGAUCUGGAGUAUAUUUUACCAACCAUCCACAUCAAUAUCCAUCUUUAAGAAAAAGCUUCGAAAUCAACAAGACGAUUGCAACCCACUGGUGGGAAACUGAAGUGUCUUUUACUUUGCAAGAAUUGAUCUUGUUAAAAUCCAGGUGACUUGAGAUUAAUCUUCCUUUUUUUUCCUCCCAAUCUCAUACCUGUUUUCCAAAAAGUCCAUUCCCAAAGGCUUUUGAGUGACUUUGCCUAUCUGCUGUUCUCAGUGACAACAGAGUUCAUUGCAGCAAUAAUUUUGAAAUACCGGUGCUUCUCAAGUCUGUAGUGCUGUUAAUUACUGCCUUUAAACCAUUGCACUUAAAAUAGAUGUAAAAACUUGUAAAAUUCAAAAUGUCCUGUACCCCUAUCAAAGGUAACUGAAGGGGUAUCUACAGGUUGAGGAUUUCUUGUGUCCCACUUGCCUUUACCACUGUGUUGUAUCAGGCUACUUUAGUCCUUUUAUUCUCAAGGCUGAAGAGAGAGGUGGGUACUGAUAACCUGUUCAGCUACCACAGCAAGCAGAGCUGAUUUAGUUUGAUGUAAACACAUCUAACUGUGUUUACAUACUACUAUACAGUAGAAUGGGAAUCAAAGACUGGAAAAAUUAUCAGCCUGGUUGCUCAGUGCUGUGCUCUUUUUGCAUUUUGUUUGUGUCUACAAGCAGAGAUGCAAACAUGAAAAAUCAAAUUCAGGAUGACUCUAAAACAAGAUUCAGCUACAAAUACACGUUUUGAUUGACUAGUGCUCACCAGGUCAAGGCCUGCACGAGCAUUGAAGCCUUUUAAAUGCUCUCUCUGACCCAUCAUUCACUGAUGUUUAUGAUAAUUUUGUUCAUAUUCACAGUGAUCCUUUAAAAACUAUUGUACUCCAGCCUGACAGCCAGCAUUCAUCCUGGGUAUAAGCUUAGGGCUUCUUAAAGGAUUGUCCAAAGAUACUGUAAUCCACUGAAUUUUUAUCAGUGAGGCUAACAAAUUUUUUCUCUGAACUCACAUGUGUUAAUCUCAGCAGCCCAAACUAUUUACGAAGUUGUAGGCUGCUAUCACCAACUCACCUGGACCAGACUGUGCAGCUGAACAUGCAAGAAACAGCUGCCUUGACAUUUACCUGUGAGGAGAAAUGUCUCUUUGCCUGCAGCACUAAAACUGAACUGAAUUUUAAGGUAAUUGCCUUAAUUGUCAAAGAACUAAAACAUCAGUGGGGUUCUGAUCUGUGAAUUUUUUUCUCUUUGAUUGCAACAGAGAGCAUUAACUAUUUCUUCUCUUUGGUAGACUGACUGUCCAUCCAAAAUACUCAGAUUUCUUAUCCCACCACCACAAGUGGGAAACAAGUGAUUCCAAGGGAUCAGCAGUGAGUCUUUCAGCCUCAGCAAGUUCAGACCAGCAAGAUAUUUAGGGAAAACCGUCAAUGCAAAUGUCAAAUUGUCUGGCAAAGUUUACAGUGGGCAGCUCCUUAAACUCAGUUAGAGGAGGUUCACUGAGAACCAUUAAACUACAGUAAUUCUGGUUAAGUUUGAGCAUAUGCCAAUGGUCUGCACAUGCCAGAUGUGCAGUCAGAGGACAUCUAAUAAGUGCAUCUGCAAAAGGAAAUUGAGAAAAGUCAGAAAAUUGUCACUAACUUUAAAUUCAUUAUAGUAUCUGCCCUUAUAUUUUUUAACAUAUAACUCCCUCCUUUUUGUGAGAACUAAAAAUUUCAUUGAAAAAACAGGGCACCAAAGAAUUAAGCAGUGAAAUAUUGUGCCUUACCACUGGAGAUCUGGUCUCUUACCUGAACUGAAUUCAGUUCAGCUUGAUUUAUGUACCACAGACGAGUGUUAGAGACAGCUGAACAAUAUCACAAUGCAUGCUUAAAAGAAACCAGACUUUACUAAGCCAGCAAUUAUGGAAUUGUUUAUAUAAAAAAUGGAAUAGCAUGGGAACAUCUAGUACUUUCUUGCGUGAGCUGCUGGAAAGAAUACAGGAAAAUAUAAUUACAGUAAUAGCUGAAAUGAAGACAGGACAAGUUGUAAAAAAUAUGCUAGUUCUCUCUCAUGUGUCAUCAUGUUGGACCAAAAAACAUUGUCUGUUUCAGGCCCAACGAAAGUUCUGAAAUUGCAUUUUUUAAAAGUAAGGUUUUGCAUCAUGCUGUGUGGAGAAAGAGUUCACCUCAGAGAUUCAGAGCAAAACAAAGUAGAUUGGUUCCCAAGCAUCCUUAAUUAGGUGCUCUAAUAGGAAAGCAGGCAGAGAGAAUCACAGUGCGGUGCAGGGUCCUCGGGAGCUGUUACAAGCACAUAGUGCUUAUCACAAAGUGAUGAAACUUUGAAUGCCUUAUCAAAUACAAGUUAAACAUUUUGUCAGAGACAUUCAUAAA